ACCUGGCAAACUAGCACGGAAAGUGAUGGCCGACUUGUAGUCGUCUGUCACAAAAACUAAGGAAUAAUAGGGUUAUAGCUUUGACAACAAUUCAUAAAUAUAUCGUUAUUGUUUCGCUAUUAACCAAUCUUAAGCAGAAAUGGAAGAUCCUCCAUCAUUAAACGGGAAUAGCAAUUCUUUCGUGGAAUUUAUGAAAGCAGUGUAUCGCACUGUCGAUCGUCCAGUUACCUGGUUCAGAGAAACGGUUGUUGUACCUAACCGCCCUGAUCAUGUCUAUUAUCAUCAAAAGUUUCGACGAGUCCCCACUAUUGAUGAAUGCUACACAGAUGAUAUGGUGUGCCGCUUUGAGGCCCAACAGCAAUUCAACCGUGACAAGUUAGUGGAUGGUGAAAUUGUGCAGCUUGUGCGUCAGCGCUACAAGGAGUGUCUCAUCAGUGAGCAACCAGAUCACACAAGAAAAUGUGCUAAACUGCUGGCUGACUUUGAAAAAGUUUCUGAAAAUUUCUGCAUGAAGUAUGCGGACCUCGGCCCCUUCAACAAUGUCAAGGAUGCCUACAUGAAGCAAAAACACCGCAUGUUGUGGGAGAGGAGGCACGGAAAAGUUGGCACCGGCAUGAAGAAUCAAGAUGGCCUUUAAACAAAAGAUGGCUCUCCGUUCAAUUGUUGGAUAGCUAUAUCUGUGUAAUGGUCGCAAUGUAAACAAAAUAGAAUGAGGAACUACAUAGACGGUUAACUGAAGUAGUAAA